AUGUCGAAUCCCAGAUGUAAAAACUGACCAAAAGACAUUUCUUUCUCUUUCUUUCCAAUUUUGUGCCCUAAUUCCCUCAUCUCUCUAGAGAGAGAAAAAUCCAUAAUAGAAUCAAAAGGUCUAGAGAGAGGGCGCAUGACAGCUAAGGGAAUUCGGCUGUAAAGAUACCAAAACCCUAAACUUUCUUCUCUUAUUUGGUGUCUCUCUUCUUUUACACUCUAUAAUUUCCUAAUUUACUGUUUCUUUUGAGCUCAAAUUGCUGCAUUUCGGUUUAAAAAGUUGAGAUCGGCACCGAAAAGCGUCACUUGCGUUUCUUUUCCUAGUGAGGUCCCACGUUUUGACAAAAUUUACAAUAAUUUCUCGGGUUUUUUGUGUGUGAAACGUCCCUUCUGAUGUUUUAUUUUCAAUCACUGAAUCAAAAACCUGUGAAUUUCUCAUCUAGGCCCCCUUUCUUGUACUCCAUCCCAUCUAUUUUCCUUCCCUCUGAUGUUGUUUUCUUUAUAAGUGGCUUUAAUUGCUUUAGAUUUCGCCUGAAAAUUUGACGUCUUCGGUACCUCUGUGCUUUUGAGCUCAUUUUUGUGGUUAAGCCUUGAAUUUGAAAUUUGAGGGUGAGAAAGUUGGUGGGUUUUAACUGUGGAGGUGAAAAGUGAAGAAUUGAUAUAAAUGGCAGAUAGGUAUACGUUGGUGUCAAUUGAGGACUUACCAUCACAUUUGGUUUUAGAAAUAUUGACAACAGGCAGGCUUAGUGCCAUUGAUCUUGUUUGUUUAGAGUUAACUUCAAAGACUUUUGGAGGGAGCCAUGGGCUGUACCCUCACAAGUUCAAGUCAAUGGUAGAUUUUGCAGCAUUUCAGCUUUGUGUUUCUCAUGGCGUUUAUAAUGGGAUGGGAUGGAAUGCUCAGAAAGAAUUGUUUGAUCGGUGUGGAGGGAAUUGGAAGCGGGUCUUAAGAUUCUUGCAGACUGUGGAGGAAUCGUCUAGCAUGGUCAAGACUUCAGCAGGCAAUCAGAUGCAGAUCACAACUGGAAGGUAUCACACAUUGCUGAUCAGCAAUUCAUCUGUCUAUUCUUGUGGUUCCAGCUUGUGUGGUGUUCUUGGACAUGGCCCUGAAACGACACAAUGUGUGGCAUUUAAUCGGAUUAAUUUCCCAUAUUUGGGUCGUGUGGUUCAAGUCUCAGCCUCCCACAAUCAUGCAGCUUUUGUUAUGGAGUCUGGAAAGGUUUUCACAUGUGGAGAUAAUUCAUCAUCUUGCUGUGGUCACCAAGAUACAAGCCGCCCAAUAUUUAGGCCUAGACUUGUUGAGGCAUUUAAGGGAGUUCCUUGUAAGCAGGUUGCUGCGGGAUUGAACUUUACUGUAUUCCUCACAAGACAAGGCCAUGUAUACAGCUGUGGGACCAACACACAUGGGCAGCUUGGUCAUGGUGACACACUGGACCGACCAACACCCAAAAUCAUCGAAGCACUUGAGGGAGUUGGCUCUGUUGUCCAAAUUGCAGCUGGUCCCAGUUAUGUCUUAGCUGUAACUGACAAUGGGACAGUUUACUCUUUUGGCUCUGGUUCUAAUUUUUGUCUUGGCCAUGGAGAGCAGCAUAAUGAGUUUCUGCCUCGUGCAAUCCAGACUUUCAGAAGAAAGGGAAUUCAUGUGGUUCGUGUGUCUGCUGGAGAUGAACAUGCAGUGGCACUUGAUUCCAGUGGAUUUGUAUAUACUUGGGGAAAAGGUUACUGUGGUGCACUUGGCCAUGGAGAUGAGAUUGAUAAGACUCUUCCCGAACCCUUGAACAGCCUUAAAAGCCACCUUGCUGUGCAGGUCUGUGCAAGAAAAAGGAAAACCUUUGUUCUGGUUGAUGGUGGCCGUGUUUAUGGCUUUGGUUGGAUGGGUUUUGGUAGCCUUGGUUUUCCAGAUAGAAGAGUGUCUGACAAAGUGAUGAGGCCUCGAAUUCUCGAUAGCUUGAGAGCAUAUCGAGUUUCUCAGAUCAGCACAGGCCUGUAUCACACCGUUGCAGUCACUAGCCAAGGGCAGAUAUUUGGAUUUGGAGAUAAUGAAAGAGCACAACUUGGGCAUGACACAUUGAGAGGUUGCCUUGAACCAACAGAAAUUUUUGUUCCAGAAUUGGCAGAUGAUACAGACGUUGCUUCUGAAUGAGUGUUGAGGGGCUGCCAUUAAUUUUAUGGAUUUGUGUAAUAACUGGAUACUGGUAGAUUUUUUAUUUUUUUCAUCAGAGAAUUUGGCAAAAUGUAGCUAUUUGAGUACAGUGUUAAGUUAAUGUUUUCAUGAAAAAGACUAGCAGGUGUAACAUUGUAACGUUUAAUUACUAUUUUAUCAUUAUAUUUGUUUUGAAAA